AUGGUCAACGAUACAGAACAGGAGUUGCCUGCGAAGCAACAGCAAGAACGUAGUCCGCAUUCCACGAGGACCAGUGGCGAAGGCGACAACCUUGACCAACAACUUCAUCACCAGACUGGUCCAAGCACCAAUGCCGACACUGAACCGCCACCACCGACUUCUUCCUUCUUUCCUUCGGAACCAGAUCUGCCGGAACCUGCUCAGCAACUGCCAACGAUGCCAGAGCCAGUGCCUUCAUUCGAUCCUAACCCACGCGUCUGCUGCACCUUCCACGAACGCUUGAAAAUGGUGGAACGGUGGAUUAAUAGCAUUCCACCGGACACUCCAACAGAUGAACAGACAUCGCCCACGAAAAUGAAGACUGCCUCCGACUCCCAGUCCAUCUCCGGCGACACUCCAACCGAGGGCGACACAACUGUCCCCAGCACUAGUGGGGGUGAUGGAGGUGGUGGUGGAGAUGGUGGUGAGAUCUCUAAAGGCGCGUAUCUGUAG